AUGCGAAGGGACGGUGUGAGAGCAUAUCUGGCACCCUCUGCUCCCUCCCUCCCUCCGUCCCUCCCUCCGGAGGGCGGAACGGAACGGUCAAUGGUCGCCGUCCUGGUUCAGAGACAGAGACAAAGAGUCCUUGUUUGGGAGAAAAGCCUCGUGCCCCCGGCCCUGCCCCUGCCCCUGCCCGCCCGCAGGACUCAGAUUUGCAGAUUUGCAGAUUUGCAGAUUUGUUUGCGCAGACGACAUGCUUGGAAACAUAGCCAGGAUGCGGGAACAUGUACCACCGUAUACAGCUCUGCAGCGAGCGAGCGAGCGAGGGCCGUCAUUCACAACGGAAGACCUCUGCUGCUGCAGCGGUGUACGGGCAUAUGA